AGGAAAAAAAAACAACAUAUUAUUCUGUUUAUUUAUUUACUGGUUUGUGAUUCUGUGGUCAACACACAAAAGUUAAGGAAAGUACGCAUCGAAACUAUGGAGGGUAGAAGUAAUCGAAAAAUAUCAAAGUAAAAUAUAAUAAUACUACAAUACGGUAUUAUUUUGAAUAUAAAUUAAUAACCAGCUAAAUUAAACCUCAUAACAAAUGCCUGCCGUGCCUGAAUAGACAUUUGAUAUAAUUUAAAGUAAAACCGGUUUUAUUGAAGUGUUUUAUUGCCUAUUUACGUUCAAAUUUUGUUUCUAUUGAGGAAAAUCGAAACAGUGACUCUGAGUACCGAACUUAAAACGCAACGAUGUGGCAUAAUCUUAUCAUUAUGUGUAAUUUACUACUGUUUAAAGUUACCAUCGCUGGAGAAGUUGGUGAUAAAUGCUAUCCUACUGAAGAUAUAUUGAAGGGUACUUGUAAAAUUGUGACAAACUGUGACAUUGCCAUAAAGUAUAUACAAGAAACAUAUACUCAUCCAUUCAGUAGAUGUGGCUUCCAUGGUACCAAAGAAAUAGUGUGCUGUCCAAAUACUGCAACCAUUGGAGAGGAUAAAUUUGGAGACCCGAGACAGAUCAGAAUAGCUGAUAGAGAAUGUCAGAAAAUUUCGGAAAGAGGUCUACCGCCACUGAGCUUACACAUAAUAGGCGGCGAAAUAGCAAAUCUCGGGGAAUUCCCACAUAUGGCAGCCCUUGGUUAUGAAAGAUCGGACGGUUACGACUUCCAAUGCGGCGGUUCUUUAAUAUCAGACACUUUUAUACUAUCAGCAGCUCACUGUGUGGACACAUUAGACCGAGUGACUCCCACGAUAGCCCGUUUGGGUGUUGUAGAGAUCGGCGACAGACAGUUCAACAGUGAGUCCGAUUUUAGAAUAGGAGAAAUCAUAACACACCCAGAUUAUAAAAGACGCACAAAAUAUGACGACUUAGCUUUGUUGAGGUUGGAGAACCCGGUGACGUUUACGGUAAAUUUGAACGCCAUAUGUUUGUAUACGAAAGAUGACGACCCCAAGAUUCCUCUCACUAUAACUGGUUGGGGGAAAACCAGUACAACACGGGAUAUAAAGAGUACGGUCCUUCUGCAUGCCAAUGUGACAGUUGUUGCAACGAGUAAAUGCAGAGAGUCGUAUACCAACUGGCGCAAGUUGCCGGAAGGGAUCGUCGACGCGCAGAUCUGUGCUGGUGACCCCAUGGGCCUUCGAGACACUUGCCAGGGUGAUUCAGGCGGGCCACUCCAGGGAUUGACGAGUAAUGACGGCCAUUACCGUUUGGUGGCUGUGACGUCAUUUGGGCGUGGUUGCGGUUCGCCCGUACCCGGCGUGUACACGCGCGUGUCUCGCUACCUCGACUGGAUAGAGAAAGUCGUGUGGCCUAACCGGGCAUAACCCUAUCUUAUCCUAUCCCAGUAGCGUGCAUUCAAGAUACGCACUAAGAGAUGAUAUGAAAUGGAUAGAACCAGGCGUUACUUUGCGGAAUUCUCUGAUAUAUUAUGAAAAUUAUUAUUAUUAUUAC